UUGGACCAUUUUUCACGGGUUGUUGACACGGGCAGAUCACAGCCGGUUGUGAAAGUGUUUCGCGAUGUAAAAUCCUAUCGCGAUUAACUUGGAAAUAAGUAGUGGUUGUUUAGAAAACUAGAAUUAAAAGCGAUACCGGUUCACGCGCUCGGGAUUGCUGUGCGGAAUACUAUUCUAGGACGAAAGUGUGAAAAAAUUCGCGGUAACGAGCGUCUGUCACGAAUAUAAGCGAUCCUGACAGAGACAAGUGCGAAAGUCCUAUUGUAUUUAUUUAAUAUUUUGCAAGAAAAGGAAUAAUUUCGGUCGCGCUCUCUUUCGUGCGAAAAGAAAAUCGAGCUGUCGCGAGAAAGAAGUCGCGAAAGCAUCGAAAAUACAUCUUAUAAAAGGGAAAAUGGUUUCGUGCACAUGGUGACACCUCUGGUUAGUUAGCAAAUUCUAUAAACAUUUUGACAUAUUUCGUUUAAAAGUAAUUCCGCUCGAUCGUGUGCAUUCUUAUCGCUAAGGAUUGAACGUUGAUUAUGAAAUUACAUGACGAACAAGAAAACCACCGAUGCUAAGUAUUAUCCCAAAUUUUCUUCGAAUCUGUUGGCCAGCACCUUUAUAAUGGCGAAAUGCUACAUCAUCCAAAAAAUGCUUAAUAUAAAAAACAUAUGAAUGACAAUGGGCUGAAGCAUAUCAGGCUUUAAAAUUCACAUUACUUUUGUAUAAAUACGGUCCAGAACAGAAACAAUGGCAACUGUGGAAGAAAAGAAACGUGUUAGUGGUUCAAAAGUGUCAGCCAUUGCAAACAUCUUCCAAUCAAAACCACAACUGGACAAUUUAAACCAUAGGUCCAAUAAUAUUCUGUCGGAUGGUUUCAAAGAACCUGCUGUGCCUUUAAAAGAAUCUCCUACGCAAGUCACAGUUGUUAGAACAGAAAGUCAUGUUGCUCGUUUCAAUAAUGCAAGAGCACUUUUUGAGAAACUUGGGGAAGAAAAUAAGCCAAACAAACCGGUCGACAGAAUCGCGAAGCCCAGCAACCUACACGGUUUAAGAUCACGUUCUAGUUCAGCAAAUUCUGGAUCAGGCUGUACAUCGCCGGCUAGAUCGCCCCGUCCUCGAUCACCAUCGCCUCCAGGAACUAGGGACCACCUGAGUAAUUGGAGUGCAAGCGUCCCAGCCUUGAACGCUGAAAGACAUUUUGAAAAUGGUCACAACCAUGGAUUCGAUCAUGUGCCAGAUAAACAUAAAUCACGGUCAGGAUUUGGAAAGUUUGAUAAAAAUUAUGGGAAAGAAAAUCGCUUGGAUGAUAGGCCGGAAAAACCAGAGAAACCUGAACGGCGAUUGAACUCGAAAGAAUUAAUUGAAAAGCAGAAAAAUUGGACAAGCCAUUUCUCGAAAACUAGACCGAGCAGAUAUAAUUCGGAUCCGAAUAGAUCUGUAGUCCAGAGCUCGUUGAAUCAGAGUGCAAAUAAGGUAAACGUCGAUUCUGUUUCCGCAGGACAUGGACAAAACUCAGCAAACCUUGAUAACGAAGUGAAAAGACCAACGGAUAUCUCUACUAAUCCAGCCACAAGAUCCGCAAGCUUUUGUUCUGUUAGGUCGGCAGCCAUAUCUCCGCCUCCACCUCUACCACCGACAAGAAAUUCUUCAAACGUGAAGAAGGAAAGACCGGCAAGCAUCGCAGCCGUGUCCCCUUCAGAUAUUCCUAGUAGUCCAGAGUAUGCUACUAUAAAUAAAUAUUUUGAUACUUCGCCCACCAUACCAGAGUACGCGGUUGUACAAAAGAACACGAAUGUACAAAACAAACAUUUCCAAAGAAACCAAGAACAACGGGAAAUUUCGAAAAACGCUGUCACUCCGGCAGCAGAAAGAACGCAAGAUGUGUUCAUACCUGAGUACGCGGUUGUACAGAAGAACACUGUAGCCAAAGCACAUUCACGGAAUGCAGACAUAUCAAAAAAUACUUCUGCUCAACAUGCAAAAGGCUUCAGCAACUCGGAAACAAAUCUAUGUUCGAAGAAUCCACACGCAAGCUCAAGCAUUGAUAUAUACUCGCAAUCGAAAUCACACGUUUCUCCUUAUGACAGAAAUUCUGAUAUAUCUAGUCCAACGCGGAGCAUGUCAAUAGAGAAUAUGACUAGCAUCUCUUAUGAAAACAGAUGCAGGAAAGAUAGUGAUCUGCUCGAUGCUCCGGAGUAUUUAAAUUAUCCUACAAAUUCGAUUCGUUCACCGCCGAAGACUUCCGAAUGGAGAAACGAAUGGUUAGCUAAGAACGAUGAAAUCUUGAAGAAAGCGGCCGAUCUAAAGAAUUCUAGAGAGAUGCUAGAUGUGGAAUCCAAGGAUGAAGUUGUCCGACCUGAUUCAAGACCGGACUGGGCCAGAUCCUGUAUCAAUACGGUCAGAAAAAAAGAUAAUCUGGCAGAUGAAAGGAAAAUAGAAUCUUCAAAAUCUCCGGAUCCGGAAUUAAGACCACCUUCUGGAGGUACGGAUAGCGCUUCUUCUAGUAUGAGCUCCCCUAGCUCCCCUUCCAAGGAUAGUAAAGAAGACAAGGCAGAUAAGGAAAUAUCUGAAAAUAUUCAUACGGGUCGGAACAGUUAUGAUUUGGAACCUGAAGAUCAAGAAAAGCCUGCAUCCUACACGGAAACUAUUUCGGAGAAGGACGCUUCAGAUAAAAAUUCAAGAUUCAGUGAAACAGAUACAACCACCGUCAUUCGACGUUCUCACGUACGUGUCGAUUUGCAAGCAGCUGGACUGGGACAACGACCACCGUCGGUAAUUAGCUCGGAUCAAGAGUAUCCAGCUCUAGAACAUAAAGAUAUACCAAUACCCUCGCCAUAUGCAAGAAAAAUGCAACAGCAGGAUGUUUCUCCACAAAAUAACGAAGUUAAACCACAAGUGAAAGCGGGCAUAGAGGAGAACGCAGUGAUAAAAACUGAUUCAACAAAAAGUUGCCAUAAUAAGAUAUCGCAAGAUAGUAAUCACGAUCAUGGACGAACCAAUUCAGUGAUCACAGAAGUAAAUCAAAAUAUAAUCUUAGAUAAUAAGCCGAAGUCGAACAUUAUCAACGAGAAGCAUGCGUUUGCCGAGAUCGUUUCGAAUGCCAAAAAUGAUCAAAGUAAGAGUUCUUUGUGGGAGAAGGAGAAGAUAAAGAACAAGGAGGAAGUGUCUGGCAAACGAUCGAGUUUCACGGAGGUCGAUACUAAGGAUCAAUCUGACAAAGCCAUUUUAAAUACAAGUCAGAGCUCGUCAAUCUCGAAUCUUCACAAUACUGAUAAUCCAUUGGAGAAGCCUGUUAAUGAAGAAACAGAAUUGGACGAGACUGCGUAUCACGUGAACGCCUCUAAAGUAAAUUCAAAGCCUGCCAGCCAAAAGGAAUAUGUAACACUAGCAGGAAAUACAGCACCGCCAUCCAAAUCCAAUUCCCAGACAGUAAGCACUGUUUUAAAUAAAACUGCGGAGGAAUCGGAUCAACCUCAGACGACGUGGGAACAGGAGAAACUCAAGGCUGAAUUAGCUAAAUUACGACUGCAGGAAAGUAACUCUACAAACUCGACGCAACAACUCAAUGCAUCUCAAAGCUCAUCCUCUGCAAUUAUACCUCAACAACAUACGGAUAAAAAGCAAGUUGUUGAACACGUUGCAACGGAAAGCAGUCUUCACGAAGAUAGCGAUUCAAGCGACACUAAGACCAUCACAAAUUUGGAAUACGCACCAGUGGACACGCAACACAUUAUUAACGAACAAAAUACCGCGAAGAGUGCGAUAGAAAUUCCGUCUAAAACUAAUCUGAACCAAGCAGUUCCUGUAACACCGGACACCAUGACUGCUGACGAAGCAGAAAACCUGCUGAGUUCUCGCAUCCUAGAGAAAAAAAUAAGACAAGGAUCGGCUUUAUUAUCGGAUGAGGAAGCACAAGAAAUAGCAAGACUGCUGUCACCCACCGUGAGUGCAGAGGCUAUAAACGAUGGAAAUUCUAUUGAUAAGAACAAAGAGCUGGAUAAAGAGAGGGAGAGAGAGGAUCAAGAUAAUACCCCAGAUUGGCUCUCCGAUGUCUUGUCUGCUCCAGAUACCAGUCUUAUUAAUAGCACCACUAAUGAUUAUAGUUUAUCCCAUAGAUCACGUAGCGAUUUAACCAUAGACUCGUUGACGGAGAGUCAAGUGGGUUCUGUAACGGGAAGCGAAAGUGGUCUUCUUGGUUCAGUUAGCAGCUUGAACGAUACUCACGAAACUAAUGACGAUACAGAGACUGAGCAUCAGGAUGAGUACAUGCCGCCAAUGCCAGGAAAAAUUGUGCUGGUGGAGAAUGGAGUGCACUACUUUGAGGAUGGCCACUUUUGGAUGGAGGUCGCUGGAAUACCGGAGUCGGAUGAAGAAAAGGAGGAUUAUCCAGCAAAUAUACCAGUGAAGAAAAUGACUAAAGUUACAUUCGACACGGGGCCAAUGAGAGUUUAUUCCACUCAUUCGGUGAACGAGUACGAUCGUCAUAACGAAGAUGUGGAUCCCGUUGCUGCGAGUGCCGAGUACGAACUCGAAAAACGGGUGGAAAAGAUGGAGGUAUUUCCGGUAGAGCUGAUGAAAGGACCCGAGGGUCUCGGUUUAAGUAUUAUUGGAAUGGGUGUCGGUGCGGAUGCAGGGCUUGAAAAGUUGGGUAUAUUCGUAAAGACCAUCACUGAGAAGGGGGCAGCCGCGCGAGAAGGGAGAAUACAAGUAAACGAUCAAAUUGUUGAAGUGGACGGAAAAUCUUUAGUCGGGGUUACACAAGCUUAUGCAGCCAGUGUUCUUCGAAAUACUUCAGGUCUUGUGCGUUUCGUGAUCGGCAGAGAACGCGACCCGAACUCUGAAGUAGCUAUGCUAAUACAACAAAGUCUUCAGGCGGAUAAGGAAAGGGAACAACAGCAACAAGCUAACUCUGCUAGGAAACUGAAUUUCUCGGAUGCCUCGCCUGAUGGUCAACGAUCUGGGGAAGAGAUAUGUGGGGGCAUGGGUGCGAUACCAGGAUCUCCGGCCAUGUCAUCGUGUUCCGAAGGGGAGCCUCCCCACAGUCCUAUCGAAAGUUAUUUAUCAGCUUCUGGUCGGAGUAGAUCUCCUAUCAUUAGUUCAUCGUUACCACCGCAUACACCUACCACACAGAGCGAUGUAGACAGCCUGAGAUUACUUUUACAAGAGAGUCAGUAUAAACUAGCAUUAGCAGAUGGAGAGGUGGAAAAGCUGAAAGCUAAGCUUGUAGACUUGGAAAACAGCGGGGCAGGUAGAGAGGAAUAUGCAGCGAAAUUACGUGAAUCCGGCUUGCGACUCCAUGAAUCUGAGAGAGCCUUAGGCACUGCCAGACAAGAUUUGGCGACAGCACGGGAAAUGCUGGCUCAGGCAACAGCGCAGAAUGCCGCUUUGCAACAGAAGUAUGCGAGAGCAAGAAGAGCAGCACGUGAUCUCCGUGCGGACAUUGCAUCUCGAGACGAAUUCUACCAACAGUUGUUGCAAGAGAAAGAUACGGAGUACAAUGCCCUUGUGAAGAGUUUGAAGGAUAGGGUAAUCACAUUGGAAGUAGAAUUAACCGAGACUCAGAGAAGAUUUGGUUUGCCGGUGAGAUUACCAUACGAUGGUACAACGGCUAGAAUUGUGACACCGCAAUUAUCUCGACGUCAAUUACCGCCACCAUCUUCGUCUACUAGUUGCCAGCUCUCGGAUACAGAGACAUCGGAUCUUAGUAGUCCGGACGAUGGGGACAAGACAGCAACAGUUGAGAGGAAAUUGCCACUACCGUUGCCAGUCAAAGAGGAACUAGACAGAGCUGUACCAGCUCAUCGACUUCUCGAUAACUCUGCAGGGAAAAGUAAGGCCGAGCUUGCUAGCAGAGGAGGUUUAGCGAACCGGCAGCUUCCUAAACGAUCCGGUGGCCUUAGCAAUAGCAGUUCUGACUACGGUUUGGACGAGUCGGGAGACAAUACAGACGAGGAUUCUUCUUCCAAGCUUCUAUCUCAAGACGCUAGCAGUAGAUCGCCAAACGACUUGACGUCGAAGCAAUCAAACUUGAGUUCCUAUUCCAGUAGUUCUUCGAUUAGUUCGCUGAAGAGUAAGCAUAUGGAACCCACGCAUCCCACGGCGAUUCGACAGCAUAGUACGAUUAGUUCGCAAGUCCGAGCUAUGACGGAGCAAAGUUGGCCGCAGUCUCAGAAAAAUUUAACUGGACCACCAGCGUCCUUAGCGGAACAAUUAAAGCAAGUUCUCGCUGAGAGGGAAAGACGGCUUGGCGGUAACGACAUGUCUUCUUCGAGGGAGAGUUCCGGAGACUUUAGUGAUUUAAAUAACCCACACAAUAGUGAUCCGACUUUGGUGACCCAUCAUUUGGUGGAAGAAAUAAGACAGGCUGUUAACGAGGCCAAUCAAAGAGUGAAGAAAGUUACUACUCCUUCAACGAAUGUAGUGGGGAGCAGUGGGACGCCUUGGCAUCAUCCAGGUAGUUCACCUUCCAGUUUGUCUUCUGGUGGAUCAGUGAGCCCGCCUGCUGCUGAUCCUAGCCCAUCCAAGACAGAUGCGAGUGAAGUUUGGUUGCCUCCUCAUCCAAGUGACUUUGGUUUAGGUGACAAGAAAUCUCACUUUUGGCAAAAUGCCCCAAUUACCGAUUGGUCCAAGGAACAAGUGUGCCAAUGGUUAACUGGAAUGGGCUUGGAGCGGUUUGCGCCGCGCUUCAUGGAAACUGGUAUUAAUGGCGUAAAUCUUCUGCGAUUAGAGACUCGCGACCUGAAAGGUUUCGGUAUUUCAGGAGGAGAGAAGUCUCACUUGAAACGAAAAUUGAAAGAACUUAGGGCACAGGCGGAGCGUGAACGCAAGGAAAGGAAGGAAAUGGAACGCAUCCGACGAAAAGCAGAGAAGGCUGCCAGAAAGAAAUAGUUUGUGCGUAUAAUUAUGUACUUAUGCCCAUUAUGAAAUGCAAUAAUAUUGCAAAAUAACUCGGUGACAUAUGGAAAUCUUGUGUACGAUAUUCCAAUGAUGUUCGUAGUGUAUGUAUUCUCAAUUCUUCCGUCUUGUAUUUAAUUCUAUUGCCGCGAUUAAGCAGUCGGAAUGAAAUGAAUAUACUUGAUCGAAUUUUUAGCUAUCCGAAAUCUUGAACUUUGAUUAUUUAUACACGACUAUUAAGUUUUCGUAAUUUCUUAAUUUUUGCAUUUAUUUAUAUAGGUAUAGGUGUCUUUUGUAUUCGUGUUGCUUCAUUGAUUUUGUAGUAUUUGUAUUAAUUAUUAUUUAUGAAGCAACAAUGAAUACGAACCAAGGAAAAGAGAGCAUGUAUGAUUAUGCAUGCAUGCCUACAAUGCCAGACGUAUACACGUGAUAUGUAUGUAAAAACUAUUCAAGCCAUUUAGAUAAAUUGUAAUAAACCUUUGAUUGUCUAGAGUUUCUUUUCUUUUUUAAAUAAUUUUAAGUAUGUAUUUCGUAGGCAAUGCAAGUUUCACGUUAAUAGAAUAUUGUUGUCUCUGUAUUUAUUUUUACUAUCGAUUUGAUUGUGUAAUGACGGUUUUUCGUAAUCUAUUUCACGAAACGAUAGUGAACUUAGAGUUCUAAUAUAUUUCAUCCUUGGAAAAAAAUGAAUUUACUAUGUACAUCAUUGAACUAUCAACGAAUUUGUAUUUUGUCAAUAAGAUACGUGUUAUAAAAAUUUCCCAUUUGUAGAUUGAUCGACAUACAAAGGAACUCUAUUCAUCUGUAUUUAUUCCAUCGAAAAUUCGUUUGGUACGUUUCAGAACGAUCCAGUCAGUUGAUUGCAUUUCUUUCUCAAAUCGAUAUCUAAAUAAAGUAUUAGCAAGAUCACGUUGCCACCAUUUUUAAUGUUUGUAUUAGACAUUCGUUCUACUUUUUAAAUCCUGCGAAAUUUAUACUACGCGAACGAAGUACUAGUGUAACCGCACAACGUCGAUUUUAUUGCGACGAUAAUUUUUAACUUAUGUGAUGAACUUCUUUAGCGUUCUUUUGUAUACUUUAGACAUUCCAUGCGACUUCGUAGUUUUAAUCUUUAUUAACACAUGAUUAGUGGUAUAAUGUACUGCGAAAGCUUCGAUGCGUCGAGCGAGAUCCCCAUAUAUGCGUGGAUAUUAUAAUGUAUGUUGAUACAAAAACCACUAACCAAACGAGGACACGUACUGAAUAUUCAUUCGGGAAUAAUAAUCACGGGACUCGCUUGGAUAUUAUGUAGACAACGUACCUUAUUGUACGUAUACUUAUUUAUGAUAAUGUUAAACGUAAUUGUACAAUGUUAACUACUUUGUUGUCUCUUCGUACUGUUUCAAGCGUGUCAACAGUCUCUUAAAAAAAUCAAGUUUCCUUCUCGCACGAAACCACCGCAGAAGCAAAGUAUUUGGCAUUGAUACACACAAUGUACAUAAUACACACAAUGGAACGAUCAAUAAUACUGUAAUCUACGAAAAAAAAACUGAGUAUGUCGUAAGGCGUGUAAGAGGCAUAACUAUAGUGUCAUAAUAUCUUUAUAGAAAAUAGUUUUUCAUUUCCUAACUUAAGCGUUUAUCAAAGGUCCUCCAUUUUUUAAACCGUACUUCGUAUAUCAUGAUAUAUUUAAAAAAAAACAUUUAAUACUUGUUGUUUCUGUUGUCACGUACAACGAAAUGUAGGAACUGAACAAAAAGGAGAGAGCAAGAGAAAAAAAAUAAAAACAGGAGUUUCAUCAAAAAGAAAAACAGUUUUGCAUCUCAGGGUAAUCAAAAAUAUUCGUUUUUGGAAGCGUGCGUACGUUUAUUGAGUGAAACAAAAAUAAUCCUUCGGGAUCAGAACGUCCUGCAAUUCGUUUAUGAAUAGUAUUGCAAUUUUUCUAGGAGCAGACAUUUGAUAAAAACCGACUGAUUUACGAUAAGUUUGUAGUUGAUUUUCAACGAAUGGCUUAGGUAAUGUGAAUUAACGAUGAUAUAAACACUUGUCCAAAAGUAAUAGUCUAGCCCAAGAACCAAAACCUAUACAUCUCUGUGGAGCUGCAUAGUAUCUAAAUGUUCUUUCAUACAUUUUUUGACGAUCAUUUUAAAUUAUUGCUCACGAGAAGGAGAUAAAUUUAUGGUUCCAUGCAUAAAAACGGAAUGUGGGAGUUGCGUGAACGGCAGCUUUUUAAUAUUGUCUAUGAAAAAGUAUUGUCAACAAAUACUCUUUAAACGUUUUAAUUAAAAGUAAUUCAUACAGUA